AGUCCACGGUCUUCCUGUUCCUGUUGUUCUCCUAUUCUGUUAGCCGCUGUUCCUUGAGUCUCGUUCCCUCCCUUCUCUCUUUCCCAGUGUCCAGUGUCUUGCUUGGAAACCUAUUUGCCCCUCCCCGCAAGUCGGAUGCUGCUCUUGGACGCCUCCAUCUCGUCCACCGUGCUUCUAGUACUGUGGACGAGUGCCUUAGCGUCUGGCGACUCGUGUCCCUGAAACUUCCGUCCGUCCCCCUUAUUGUCUCUUAUCGUCAUUGUUUAAUUUUUCUAUAUAUCAUUUUUCUACCCCUCACCACCACUUCUCUUCCUUCACCUGUUGCCGUGCCUCUCCGCAACUUCGCUUCGCCCACACGCACACACAUACAAGCUCCAUGGGUGACUGUGAACAGAGCUCGUCUGCAAUUGCAUCAUGGAGCACCCUAAUUAUGCAGAGAUCGAUGAGUCUCACUACCGCCGGGAGGUUCUCCAACUACCUUCUGAGGAAGCCGAAACGGCGCAGGAGCAACAGCUGAUCGAUGAGGCCCGCCAGCUGGGUCUGAACGUCCCAGAGGUCGAACUGGUCGCAUCGUUGACCGCGUCUAUCGCCUCUGGGAUGGUGGAUCUCUCCUCGUCCUCGCCUAUUAUCUCGUCCACCAGGUCCUCCACCGAUCGCAACUCCGCAUACGAUAUCACCCCGUCCCACCAGACCACCGCCAUCGAUCUCCUCGGUUCGUCUCUCUCCGAAUUCACUGUCUCCUCCGAACCCAUCCACAAUGGUAGUGCUCGCUCGAUCGCCUCACUGUCCACCCGACCGACCUCUUAUAGCUCAUGUGAGGGGAGACUGAUCCCGCGGAUAGAUACGAAUUUGGCCGCGGGGGCGCCGCCGAGCAAUCGCCAUUCGAUGAUCAGCGUGAUCCCGAGCGACAAGAAGGAAAGACGGAAGUCGACCCUGAAGUCGGCGAUGGAGAAGAUCCAUUUCCGCAAGAAGCGAUCGCCGUCGGCCGUGCUCCUGCCUCCGGCGGCGCAAAUCGCUCUCGCCAAGGGCGGUAAGGGGAUCGAGCAAGUGCUGGUGGAAUCCAAGCCAUCAGAUUUGCAGGAAGCCCGAUCAUCCGGCGAAGGAAGCGGAGUGCUGCGGAUUGAGAUACCCGCGUUCGAUCAUGAGUCCCUACAGCGGAGUCAGAACGACGAGCAACUGCGUCUCAUGCGCGAGCGUCAAGUGAUGGAGCUGAAUCGACACAAUCUCUUCCAGGAUGCCUUCACGAUGCGUCUUCGCCAAACUCAGCAGUCCAUUGUUGCCGAACGACUUGCGGCGAACAAGGAUCUUGAGGCGCAGAAACGCGAAAAGAACAUCAACGACGCUGCUCGGAUGGAAGAACGCCAGCUGACGAUAGAGAUGGACCAGAUGCGGGAGUUCGAACGGGCGAAGAUGAAUUCGCGGACCCGCAUCAAACACAUGGAGGGGUAUUUCAAUAAUUCCAGCCCUCCGCCGUCGCCAGGAGGGGCGAGGUCAGGGCCGGAGACCACCCUCGCCCGUAAAUUCACCGCGCAACACAAGGCCCAGCUGGCGCAGGAGUACCACGACCAUAAUUCGAUGGAUCAGUUACACGAGGCCAAAAUCAAAGUGCUCCGCGACCGACAGGAACUGCGGCUGCAGGAGGCGAUCGCCCGCAUGGAAAGAGAACUUGACGAGCUGAUCGACAAACACGCCCUGGAAUUUGCGCAAAUGCAACAGGCCCACCAACAGGAAGAGAUGGCUGCCGUUCAGGCGUUUGAUGCAAAGAAGGCCCGGUUGAUAUACCGAUGGAACCUGGAAGAGGCCAUUCUGCGAACCAAACUGGGGACGCAACACGGGAAGGUGUACGGACCGUUGCCCCCCUUAUCCUUCAGCGACCCGAACUAUGAGACGCGCGAUUCGGCCAUCUGCGUGGCGGAGCAGACCGGAGCUGCCAGCGCUUGAUGAGGAGGUGCACCCGGACGAAGAGAAGGGGACAGGUGCUUUGAUUAUGAUGUGAUGUCUACGUGAUACCCUUUCCUUUAUUUCCCCCAAUUCUCGGAUCUCCUCAUGCAUAUAUGCAGCCCCCUAAUGUGUCAUAUUCGGCUUUGGAUGCCGACCCUAUAUAUUGUAAUUAGUAUUUCCGUCCUUUUUUGACCUUGUGUCCUUGCUGAGUCGCCUUGGUGCCGGCUUCAUACAUAC